CGCCUUCCAAGGGGAAAGAACAACCCUCCCUUCACUUGCGCGCCGCGAAGAGCCGCAUAUAAAAGAAAGCCCCCACUGGAAAUCUCAACCGCCUCUGCUCCUACUCAUCAACACCUCGCAAACCACCUUCGUUUUCCCACUCAGCAGGAAAGCCAAACGAGGUCGUGAUUGCUCCCAGUCACAAAAUCCGGACCCCAGUCGCGCACUGGGUCAGCAGGUAGAGAACAGCAGCUUCUUCUUCCCAAGAUGCAGUUGAAAAUGACGCCCGAACCCGUCAAGUCGACUGCGACAGCCUCGCAAGCGCCCCCUCGACGCGUUCCUGCGAUCGAGGUUCACUCGGCGAGCCAACAUGAAGAGAAAUCGAACACGAUGGCUAUACCAGUCUACAACCCUCCAAGCCCCGAUAUGCUACAACCGCGACAUGCUCGUCAUGCUCGUCUGAUGGCGAGCGAAAUCAAGUUGCAAGAGUGGCUCCGCGCUCAGUCUGCACUGGCAGCUGCGACCUCUCCUGACCACAAGCCCACAACGACCGAGACGGAAGACACGACGAAGCCAUCCAAACCGGCUACUUUCAAUACCGUCGGCACCCUUCACAAUCCAAAUGCAACGGCACCGAUACACCCUCCCACUCGACGGCCUCGCACUCGUCGUUUCAACGGACUCCAAUCACCUCCGGGUCACCACGGUUACGGUCCGUUCCCCAAUUCACUCCUAUCGGCUUUGCCCGUGGCAGAAGCAGAGAUAUCACCCCCUCCCACGAAAACCACCUUGCCGCAUUAUUCGCCUCUGCAGCAAAACCUUGAUCGAGCCGUCAGUCCCUUUGCCGAUGCGGAGAAAUCUCAAGCUACUGUCAUGUCGCUUCCUACCAUCAGAGCUGGAAAUCUUCCAGCACCUUCGACUGCAGCUUUGAGCACCCUUUCCGACCUGAAGGACAAUACUUCAACGACUGGGGACGAUGACAGCUCCGCCGGAGAUGAUAUACUCCUCGCGUCAACCUUCUCUGUCAAGAGUCUCACGAGCCUCGCAUCGUAUCCGAACCCUAUGCAAAAGAAAGCUCAGAACACUCUCGCCCUGGCCAAGGCACGUACAGCUCAUUAUGGCAUCAACAGACCUGAUACACCCUCUUCGCUUCUCAGCAAACCCUCCGUCACUGGAAGGAAUCAGUCCGCGGUUCCAUACGGCACCACAUCUGCCGCUAUUGGAACCCCCCAGCCUCUUACGGCAGGCCCACCGGGGCAGCGUCCGUACAAGCCAUCGACCGCGGAAUCUACUUACAGGAUCCUCCGCUCCUAUGAUGACGAGAAAGCGCCUCUUCGCACCCCGCCAGGCUUUUCAUCCAUGGAGAAUGACCCCGGUGCCCGCGGUAAUCCUGCAGUUCAGUCACUCUCGAGCAGGAAAGCUGAGCUUCAUGGACCAGGCGAUCGACUGCAUUCAGUUUCAGGACCAACUCCAGUUGAUGACCGUAUCAAGGCGGCUCGGGCUGCUUGCAUCGAGGACACUGAAGAGAUAUUUCAGCAGCGUUUCGGCAACAAUAACUACCUGCCAAGCAAGAUUUUACCAAACAAGGUCCCAAUCCUUGACACUCUGCCCCUCGACAAAGCCAUGCAUUAUUUCAGGGACGGCUUGCCCAGCAACUACUCUGGGCAGACUUCCAUCCUAGAUGAUCAUUGGUACGAGCGUUAUCCUCUUCAAUCUAGAGCUGUGUCCUGGAACCAAUCACCGGAAGAAGAAGCAUGGAGAAGAGAGAAGACAAACCGGAUAUUCUACUCGGGCGUGAGGCUACUCGAGAAAAAGGCUAGUGAGCUACUGCCCAUCUCCGCUGCUAGAACUUCGGGGAGCAAAGUUGGGGUCAUUGGAGGUGAACGCAGAGAGCCCAACAGUAACGAUGAGAAGGAGUGUGGCGACCCUUUGGUGACUAUGGCGCUGGUUUCGCUGCUUGCUUGCAAGCAGGGUUCGAAGCUCAAUGAUCCGCAGAAUCCUUUUCCGUCUGAUUGGAGCAAAGCUGACCCGGCAUGGAUUGACACAUCUGAGGAUGGCAACAAGAGUUUCUUCACCACGAAGCCGGAGCCAGUGAAGAAGAAGGUGGCCAGACGGGUCACCAGACGCGGAUACUGAUGCCACCAGCUGGGGUUUUGAACCUGUGACUGGUUACCUAUCUCUUUCGCAUCGCAGGUUUAUAUUACAUUGUUUCAUUCUAUUGUCAGGAAUGCGUGGUUUGGAUGGUUGGCAUGCAUCCAGCUAGUUCUCAUCAUAUAUGGAUGGAGACCAUACUAGCCGGUCACAAGUCCGACUGGUCAUAAUACAGCUUUGGAGAAUGCCGAACAGAAGGAUGGACAUUUUUGGGUUUUCAAC